AUGCCCUCUUGGGCCCUCUUCAUGGUCACCUCCUGCCUCCUCUUGGUCCCUCCAAACCAGGCACAAGUCACCAACCAAGAUGUCUUCUUGCUGGCCUUGGGCACAGAGCCCCUGAACUGCUUCUCCCAAACAUUUGAGGACCUCACUUGCUUCUGGGAUGAGGAAGAGGCAGCACCCAGUGGGACAUACCAGCUGCUGUAUGCCUACCAAGGAGAGACGUCCCGUGCAUGUCCCCUGCAUUCCCAGAGGGUGCCCACCUUUGGAACCCGAUACGUGUGCCGGUUUCCAGCCCAGGAUGAAGUACGCCUCUUCAUUCCGCUGCAGCUCUGGCUGAAGAAUGUGGUCCUCAACCAAACUUUGACCCAGCGGGUGCUCUCUGUGGAUAGUGUAGGCCUGCCAGCUCCCCCCAGUAUCAUCAAGGCCAGGAGUGGAAGCCAACCAGGGGAACUUCAGAUCCACUGGAAGGCCCCUGCUCCUGAAAUCAGUGAUUUUCUGAGGCAUGAAGUCCGCUAUGGCCCCGCGGACCCCAGCAACUCCACUAGCCCCUCGGUCAUGCAGCUGCUCUCCACAGAAACCUGCUGCCCCACUCUGUGGAUGCUGAACCCAGUUCCUGCUCAUGACCGACCUCCAUGUGUUCGGCCUACAGUGUCCCAACAGUACGGACCCAUGAGGACCUCCCCAACUGGAGAAGCUCCAUCUCUGACAGUGAAGGGUGGAAGCUGCCUCAUCUCAGGGCUCCAGCCUGGCAAAUCCUACUGGCUCCAGCUACGCAGCCAACCAGAUGGGGUCUCCCUUCGUGGCUCCUGGGGUCCCUGGUCCCUUCCUGUGACUGUGGACCUUCCAGGAGAUGCAGUGGCAAUUGGACUUCAGUGUUUUACCUUGGAUCUAAAGAAGGUUAUCUGCCAGUGGCAGCAUCAGGACCACACUAGCUCCCAAGGCUUCUUCCACCACAGCAGGACACGGUGCUGCCCCACAGUCAGAGAUCCCACCUGGGAGAAAUGUGAAGCAGAAGAGGAAGCAGAGCCAUCACAGCCUGCGCUAUUCUCCCGCUGCCACUUCAAGCCACAAAAUGACAGUGUUAUUCACAUCCUUGUAGAGGUGACCACAGCCCAAGGUGACAUUCACAGCUACCUGGGCUCACCUUUCUGGAUCCACCAGGCUGUGCUCCUCCCUACCCCAAGCCUGCACUGGAGAGAGGUCUCCAGCGGGAGGCUGGAACUGCAGUGGCAGCACCAGACAUCCUGGGCAGCUCAAGAGACCUGCUACCAGCUCCGCUAUGCGGGAGAAGGCCACGAGGACUGGAAGGUGCUGGAGCCGUCCCUCGGGGCUCGGGGAGGGACCCUGGAGCUGCGUCCCCGAACUCGCUACAGCUUACAGCUGCGCGCCAGGCUCAACGGCCCCACCUACCAAGGCCCCUGGAGCGCCUGGUCUCCCCCAGCUAGGGUGGACACUGGCUCCGAGACCGCUUGGAUCUCCUUGGUGACUGCUCUGCUCCUGGUGCUGUGCCUCAGUGUCCUCCUGGGCCUGGGGCUGCUGAAGUGGCAGUUUCCUGCGCACUACAGAAGACUGAGGCAUGCUGUGUGGCCCUCCCUUCCAGACCUACAUCGGGUCCUAGGCCAGUACCUUAGAGACACUGCAGCCCUAAGUCCUCCUAAGACCACGGUUCCCGACACCUGUGAAGAAGUGGAGCCCAGCCUCCUGGAAAUCCUCCCUAAGUCCUCAGAGAGGACUCCUUUGCCAUUGUGCUCCUCCCAGCCCCAGAUGGACUACCGAGGGCUGCAACCUUGCCUGCGGACCAUACCCCUGUCUGUGUGUCCACCCGCGGCCGAGCCGGGAUCCUGCUGCACUACCCACAUUGCCAACCACUCCUACCUGCCACUCAGCUAUUGGCAGCAACCCUGA